AUGGGCUUAUCUGAAAACUGGAAGCGCCUAAGUGCCAAGCAGGAUGUUUCGAAACCGCCGAAGGGGAAGAGCUUGCUGAAGAUACGAAAGAAUAAGAUCGUCAGCCCGACACAGCGAGAGCCAGGCCCUCAACCCAUCAAGAAGAAUACGCCAAAGAAGACUCCUCUAGAAACAUACUUAUGGGGAAAAGACACCAAUCUGGGCAAAAGUGCUAUUGGCAAGUUUGUUGCUAUAGAUUGUGAGUUUGUGGGUGUUGGAGACAAUGACCAGUCUGCACUUGCACGUGUUUCGCUUGUCAACUUCUAUGGUGUCUUACUCUUAGACACAUUUGUUAAACCAGAAGCUAAGGUCACCAAUUGGAGAACGUGGGUUUCUGGAGUGGCUCCACAUCAUAUGAAAGAAGCGAUUACUUUUGUCGAAGCGCAAGAAAAGGUCACCAGCAUUAUCCAGGGAAAGACUCUCGUGGGCCAUGCCUUAGGAGGUGACCUUAAAUGUUUAAAGCUAAAGCAUCCCAGAAAGAAAGUUAGAGAUACGUCCAAGUAUUCUGGGUUCCGGAUCGAAACGAAAGGGCAUUCGCCAAGUUUGAAAAAAUUGAUUUUACAGCAUUUCAAGCUCGAGAUCCAACGUGGUCUGCAUUCGUCAGUAGAGGAUGCCAGGGCUACCAUGGCCCUCUUUAGAAAGUUCAAGUCUGAAAUCGACAUGGAGAGCAUCGCCAAGCAUAAGUAA